GUAUGUAGUAUGCAACCCAGGUAUGUUAAAUUAGUUUAACUUUAAGAUCACACAAGUACAGCUAAACUUGUACACACGCACGCCCUCGCCAGAGGACGCAAGAAGCCCGUUUUCGUUGCUCCUGAACCGACUGAUCACCGCGCGGUUCCCGUACACAGAUCCCAAACACUAAACAGGUGGUCAUACACCGCCACACAGCGCCCGCCGCGAUGAAACGGAACGGGUACCGAUCGUAACUUACACUGAGCCGCCAAGGUGCUGAACCAAAGAUUAUUAAUGAUCUGGACACCAGAGCACGGGGGCCUUUGAUCCAGAGUUUCCCUUGGAGUCGGGAAGGUCUAAGGAGAGUUGGAGCUAUGAAAGUGACGGUGUGUUUUGGAAGAACUCGGGUAGUGGUUCCGUGCGGAGAUGGCAACAUUAAAGUGCACUCGCUCGUCCAGCAGGCCGCGAUGCGGUACCGGAGAGCGAUCGCCAAGGGUGAAGAGUACUGGGUUCAGGUGUACCGGCUGGAACACGGUGAUGGAGGAAUUCUUGACCUGGAUGAUGUUCUGUGUGAUGUGGCCGAUGACAAAGACAGAUUGGUGGCAGUGUUUGACGAACAAGAGCCUCAUGUCGGAGGUGACGGCACCAGCGCGAGUUCAACGGGCACCCAGUCGCCUGAGAUCUUCUCUGGAGAGCCGUCUGCCUUCCAACCGUACCUGCCCCACAGCGAGAUAGAGGUCACCACAUCCACGCUUCGUACCAACAUGCCUUUGCAUGUUCGUCGCAGUAGUGAUCCAGCACUGUUGAACCUGACAGCGAUGUCGUUCUCUGAGCCUGGUUCGCAACCCGAAGAACCUUCCAGAAAAAAUCCCACACGCUGGUCCACAACCGCCGGCUUCCUGAAACCACGUUUCUCCACCGGCACCAACAGUCUAGAGAGGAAGGGCCGAGGUGUCGACACAUAUCGUAGUCUUCCUCGUGAUGCAGGGCAGCGGUCAAAUCAGAAAGAGUUUCAGCGUGAAAAGGCCCGUUCCUCACUCAGCGCCAAUCAUCCCAUGGUGGACUGCUGGCUGGAGCGACAGGAACAGGAUGAGGAGGAGAAUGGGAGGAUUGAGCCAGUGGGACGUGCGGAUACAUGUUUAGAUCACAUGGGAGUGAGAUCGCUGGAUGAUAUCGUGAAAUUGGUGGAAGUGUCCAAUGACGGAGGUCCUCUUGGUAUCCAUGUGGUGCCUUUCAGUGGACGAGACCGCAGAGAGUGGUGCCAGAAUCGAUGGCCUGAAGGUCUCGGGUUCAGCAUCACGUCAAGAGAUGUCCCUCUUGGAGGCUCCGCCCCUAUUUACGUGAAGAACAUUCUGCCAAGAGGAGCUGCCAUACAGGACGGGAGACUGAAAGCAGGGGAUAGAUUGCUAGAGGUCAAUGGGGUGGAUCUUAAUGGGCGUGAUCAGGAGGAGGUGGUUUCUCUGCUGAGGGCGACGCCCAUGGGCGGAACUGUGACUCUUCUGGUACUGAGACAGGAGGAGGCCUUUCUACCCAGAGAGAUGAACACAGAACCAGCAAUGCAGAACACAAGAGAAUGGAAGGUAGAAGACGAGGAGUUGGUCUUAACCCCAGACGGGACGCGUGAGUUCCUGACGCUGGAAGUGCCUCUGAGUGACUCUGGCUCGGCAGGAUUAGGAGUCAGUGUCAAGGGUAACAGGUCAAAGGAGAGCCACGCUGACCUGGGCAUCUUCGUCAAGUCUAUCAUUAACGGAGGAGCAGCAUGCAAGGACGGAAGGCUGCGAGUCAAUGAUCAGCUAAUCGCAGUCAAUGGGGAGUCGUUGUUAGGGAAGACAAACCAGGAUGCCAUGGAAAUGCUGCGCAAGUCCAUGUCAACGGAGGGCAACAAGCGAGGGAUGAUUCAGCUGAUUGUGGCAAGACGAAUCACCAAACGCCUUGAGGGUGAGAGCCGAUGCAGUCCUCGAGGGUUAGUGAGGACCCUGAGCCCGUCUCCUGAUGACCACGAGCGGCGGAUCUCACACUCGCUAUAUGGAAUUGAAGGGCUUGAUGACAACCUGAGGCCACAAGUCAACACAAAUAAUCGUAAAAUGAAUCAUUAUCAGCUCUCGCCGACGGUGAACAUGCCUCAGGAUGACAUGGUCAUAAUUGAAGAUGACAGGCCACAUGUUCUCCCCACCCAGCUGUCUGACCAAUCGUCAUCCAGUUCUCAUGAUGACAUGGGCUUCGCUGUGGAGACGCCUCCGCCGCCACCCUGGGACCAAGAGCUUCCCGACAGCACUUCCAGUGCUAAUGGCGAGGAGGUGUUUCAGAGGGAAGGCUUUGGCAGGCAAAGCAUGUCUGAGAAACGCACCAAGCAGUAUGGAGACGCGAGCCAACUUGACAUCAUCAAGACCCGCAAGUCCAAGAGCAUGGACCUAGUGGCUGAUGAGAUUAACCUCACACACUACACAGAAAACCACCCAGGCUCUUCCUCACAUGAUGUUGGCCCGUCUCUCGGCCUAAAGAAGUCCAGCUCUCUGGAAAGUUUACAGACUGCCGUCGCUGAGGUGACGCUCAACGGUGACAUGCCUUUUCACCGGCCACGGCCACGCAUCAUACGGGGGCGGGGCUGCAACGAGAGCUUCCGAGCCGCGAUUGACAAAUCGUACGACAGGCCAACAGCCAUUGAGGAUGAAGAGGAGUGCAUGAAUACAUUGGAGGAGGACACUGAAGGAAGCUCUCGAUCGGGGCGGGAUUCGGUUUCCACGGUAGCUGAUCUCACUCCGCUUCCCGUCACCGAGCAACAGCUGAUCAAUGGCAACCAGCCUCAAAACGAGAAGAAGAAAGAAAAAGGGGGAAAGGACAAAAAGAAGCCAGAGAAAGAGAAGGGUAAAACAAAGAAAGGAAUGCUCAAGGGUCUUGGAGAGAUGUUCAGGUUCGGGAAAUACCGAAAGGACGAGCGACUGGAUGGUCCGAAGUGCAAGGCAGAGGAAACUCAUGCAUCGGAGGAAGAGACAUGCAGAAUGAGACAAGAACAAGAGAGGAUCCAGGCUAAAAUGCUAGAGAUUCGUCAGCGUCAGGCCAGAGAGCGAUACUAUGCGGAGAUCCAAGACUUCAGCCGGUCCACCCUGACCUCACUUCAUCCUGAAGAGCCCCCAUAUGCCGGCAUCGGCUCUCUGGAACACGGCGGGUACCAUCGGAUCCACACGCCUCCAGACUCACCGUACACAGACAAACAGAACGCCCGCAACGGACACCCCUCUACAUCAGACAGGCUGACGCCCAGCAACCACGACCGAAUCCAGCGCUUACGCCAGGAGUUCCAGCAGGUCCAGCAGGAAGAGGCGGAGCCAGAUGAUCGCCACCGCUCCUAUAGCUUGGAGCAGCCCUGGUCCAACUGCAGCUCUCAGACAUCAUCUGGCCGUCAUUCAGUGUCUGUGGAGGUGCAGUUACAGAGGCAGGAAGCCAGAGAUGCUUUCACACAUGCUCAGAGACAGUACAGCUCUCUGCCACGCCACCCUCGUAAGAUGCCCACCCCGGCCUCAGAAAGCGAGUGGGAGAGGAAAUGUCCGGCCGGAGACAGUUUCCAGGCAGCUAAAGACAGCGGCCGUUACUCCAGCUACCAGGGACCUCGUGCUGUCCCGCGCACCGUUCCUCGUCCUGGCUGCAGGAAUGGCCUCUCCGCUCCCCCAGGAUCCAGCGCUUCCUCAGUGGGUGGCGGCUACAAUGCACGUGUCCUCCUGGAGGCCCAGGAGCUCCUGCGACAGGAACAGAGACGCAGGGAACAGGAAAUGAAAGUAAGAGCCCCGUCAAUUCGAUUGGACUACGAAUCCCAGGAUUCCAAAGGACCCCACAGACAGGACGUCCCACCUUCCCCUUCCCAGGUUGUCCGGCUCAGCUGCAUACACACACCUGAGAAAACACGCCCGUUUUUGUCAUGAGAUAAAAGAAGCAAAAGAUUUUUCAAAGCGGCAAAAGGCUCACAGUAACAAAUGUUUAUUUGUGUGCCAGUUGUACACAGACUCCCAGAGUGCCUUUUCUUUGAGGUCACAGUGGUCCCGCCCAAUCUGACAGCUCAUUGGUGCAUCCAGAGGCAAGAAGUCUCUUGAUUCGCUGUGAAGACCUUCAAGCUCUGACAAUCAGCCGGACACUGACCUGUUCCUCUGUAGAACCACAUAGAACUCGUUCAAAAUGAGCAGCUUCCUGCUUUGCACAGGUUUUGAUUAAGUUUUGUGAAGUAGAGCUUUUUUAACUAAGAUUUAUCAGAUGAAUUCUUACACAUCAGGUAAAAUUGUCAGUUGAACGUGUAUUUGAUGUCGUAGUAAGGGGGGAAAAAGUAGGACUGAGUACAGGUGGCCCAGCAAACCUAGCGACGCCACUGGAUGUAGUCACAUGUUUAAAGAACUCAACAAAUCUAGGUACAAAACACACAGUCAGAGUGACGGACUCCUGGGAAUCCAGUGAAAAGGGAAAAUCCCAAAAAUGCAAUGGAAAGGAAAUGGGGUCACAGAUAGCAGGUCAUUAAUUGAUGCUCCUCAUUAAAUUUUCAGAGCUCUUUCACACACAGACACAGAACCCACGACCCACUGCUGCCUGCCAGGUGUGUGUGUGUGUGCGUGUGUGUGUGUGUGUG